UUAACACCAGCAGUUGAAUUAUUUUGUCUCAUGACAAUCACAAACUACUCAAGUAUAUUAAUGUUAUUCUGUAUUAGUUAUAUGGUAAAUAGUACUGCGCAAAAUACCUUGACCUAAGAUAUAAAUCUCUUGGUAUAUAAUUAGACAGUUCAACUAGUCUAAAUUUCCCCUAUCAUUUCGAUCGAUUUACUGCAACACGCGAAUUGAAGAAUGUGAUUGAGUGGAACAACUGUAAGUACCUUAUCUAUUUUAGACUCUGUAACUAAGUGUGCUAGCAGCUGGAUAACCACUGGUCAUUUCAAUUCCACUCAACCUGUUGGUUUUAUUCGCCAUUCUGUUGUACUUAGCAUUUAACUCCGCGAUGUGAAGCUGUGACUUAUAGUUGAAAUAUUCAACCUUCAGCCACUGGGUCCCACGUUCGAAUUACACUACAACUUUAUCUCGUUGUGAAUAAUUUAUUCUCACAAAAUAGUUAAAUUAUAUUGAUUAAUAUGUAAUUUUUAUCAAGGUAAAGUGAUAUUUAAAUCCCUAGUAUUUGGUUGUGCAUGUCUUCAAAAAAUUGCUAGCGUAUAAUUAGACCAUCAUGUAAUUUACAUUUAUAUUUGGCUGAAGAUAUUGAGUUAAUAUGAUAAAUCAGUAUAUGAGGUAUUAUACCUUAAACUCAUCAUCCUAGAUAUGUGUAUCACAUUUUCCGACCACCGCUCAUCCCGAUACCAAAUGAUAAUUACUUCAGAAGUUGUAAAUAUUCUAGAAACGGACAAAUCAAGAUUUGGAGUCAAUUUACGAAGGCACUAAUCAUUGGACUGGUCUGUGUCACUGAGCGGAGACUUCCGGGCUAGAAUUUGGGUCACGCAGCACCACGAGUAAACUGAGUUUAGGGAUGUGAACCAUCAAAUACCAGUUAAGUUGUGUGAAGUUUAAAUGCUCAUCGUGAGGUGUGAGGGUCUUGCGUUCGAUUCCAGGUAGAGUCGUGGAUAAAUACUUGUUAGGAGUCCCACACUAUGACGAAACAAAUGUUCAGUGCUCCUUGGUUUUCAGUUGUCUAACUAAAGUAAUCCCGUGGUGUGAAACUAUGGGAUUGUGACAUGUAUUUGGAGACGUUCAGCCAUGUGAUGGGACCCGAAAAUCAUCACAGUAACUGUGGUAUAUGUGUUAUGUAUCCUCCUCUUAGAGUCUAAAGCUUGAGUUGUCAACUCAUGCGCUUGUUCAAAAAACACGUGAAGAACGAAAGUCACGUGAAAAUAUGGUCAAACAAGAACGUGCCGCUACUAAAAUUCAAAAAUGUCUCCGAGAUUACGUUGCACGAAAUAAAAUGAAACGUUACUUUAUUGAAUUAUUGAAUGAAUUAUCUAAACAAUUAGAUGAUAUAAUAAAUAAAACUGGUUUCAAUGUGGAGCAUGAAUUUGAACAUAAAUUAUUGAAGUUACUUCAAUGUUUCAAUACAUGCUAUCGUAAUAAAAGUCCGGAACAAAAACAUCUUUUUACUGUUUGUCGUUUAUUAUUGUCCAAACAUGGAAAAGAUGGACAAGUCAACUGGUUAACUAAUGGUUCUGUUGACCAUAUUUUCACACUAGGGAAUUCGUUAUUAAUCAACGUCAAAUAUUUAACAAAACUUCCAUCAUUAACAACAUCAUCAAACUAUACAUUACCGAUUCGUGUAUUAGAGGAAUUAUUCAACAUUUUAAUCGGAACAUGUUCAUCUACAAAAAUCUCUUUAUAUUCAAAACAACUAUACUUCAGUAUUGAAUGGAUUUGUCGACAUUUAUCAAAGCAUCAUUAUUUUAAUCAUUUGGCUUAUUUUAUGGAUCAACAAUUACCAACUACAACUGGUGGUUACCUUAAAGAUUUCACUACCCAAUCACAAGUAUUUGAUGCUGUGGAAUUUUUCAAAUUACCAAAAACUCGUCCUUUUAUUAAUCUAAUAAUUGCACCGUUGAAAUGUGCUUUUAACCUAUCGGACAAUGGUAGUCCAUUUUCUAAUCCAAUGGUCGAUUUGUAUCGUGAACUUGUUUUCACAGCAUUAAAUGAUAUUCUCAUAUCAACCAUUGAUGAUCACAAUACUUAUAUUAUCGGUGAACGUGUUAUGCUCAGUGUUGGUAUGGAAAUGUUCAAACUACCUAAUCUACAUCAAAUUGUUAUUCAUGGAUGUUUAACAGCGGUUGAGAAUGAAAAUAACCAAUUAAACACUGAACAACAACGACAACAACAACCACAUAAUGGAACUAUUUCAUUGAUUCCUUCUAUCAAUUUAUUACACCUUUUUGUGACUGUGGUUAUACCUGGCAUGUUAGUAAAAUGUGAUUCAACCACAACCACAUCAAGUUCAACUGUCCAUACAACCGAGUCAUCAAUGAUACAAGAUACUGAUGACGAUGAUAAUCAUGAAGAAGCAGUGACAGAGGAAGAAGGAGGUGACGAAUCAUUGCCAGUUCUGUUAGCUACUGAAUCUUACACACAUUAUACAUGGUCUGGUUCACCUUUAGAAGCUGCGAUAACGAUACGUUUUGUUGCUCGGAUACUUAUGAGUUGUUUAACGGAACCUCAUCUGCCUAUUGUUCGUCCAAUUACUGAUCCUAAACCGUUACAACUACGAAUUGGACAAGGAGAAGAAUUAUCAGAUGACGACGAUGGUGAUGAUGACGACAACAAGAUUAAUGAUAAGCAUAAUAGAAUGAAGGGAGUGGAAAUCAAUGAUCAGGAAAUGAAAAUGUCAGCUGAAUUUACUAGAAGUACUAAUAACUGUAGUCUUAUUUCAGAGGCUGUCUUGUUUCAACCAGCUACUCAACUGGCAAAAAUCUCUGCGUCACUAAGUCAUAGUUUACCGGCGCUAGCAGCUAGCUCAUUGUCUACACUGGAAAAUUUCAAUAAUGAUUUGGAUAAUCCAGAUAAAUUGGAAUUAAUUCGUUCUUCAUCAUAUCUACAUUAUUGCCUUUCUCAAGUAUGUGGUCUGUCUAGGACAUCAUUAAUACGCAUUAACUCCAUUUAUUCACAGUAUACAAUCUAUUUACGUUGUUUAUGGAAAUUAAUUGAAAAUACUAAAUGUUUAAAUAAAUCAACAUUAAAUUAUUCAAAUACCAAUAUGUCUACAUUGUUUAAUAUUUUAUGCUCGGGUGAAUUACCUACUCAUUUAGUGGAACUUCAAAGUUAUCUUCCACUGAUAUUUACAUUUGCUGAUUGUCUUCAUCAUCGCUUAUUAUGUUUAACUGAUUCGGAAAUCUGUGACAUCUCAUCGGAAGCGAACUACAACUCCAACGAUUAUCGUCAUCAACAACCAAUCAAUAAUAAUAGUGAACCCUCACGAGGAGGUUGUGGUUUUCGUGCUGAUGAAUUAUUACAUGUUGGUGCAAGACUUCGUGAUCUUAUGCUCGGCCUAAUUGAUUUGUCACAUCCUGAUCAAGUGCCGAAACAAACUCGCUGUAAUUUACAAACAGAUAAACAUUGUGUAGAAUCAAUGGAACAACCAAAUUAUGGUGCAGUAUUACGUAGAAUAGAACAAUGGGUCGAAAUAGCCGAUCUUGGCAGUUCACCUAUUGGUGAUCUAAUGAUGCGAAAUUAUACACAAUGGUCGAUACCGGAUUUUCGUCUUUUACUAUAUUGUUGGUGUAGUUUACUGCGUCGAGUUGAACGGUUAGUAUUUCAAAUCUAUGAUUGGGAUCGUCGUUGUCGACGUCAACAAGAUACUAGUCUGCCUAUCUACCUUUUACAAAAUCCACAAUCCACAACGACAACAGCUUCUACAAAUGCAUCAUCUACAUUUUCAUCCUCAUCCUCAUCAACUGAUAUUGCACGCGUAACCAAUUCACCACGUCUACCACUUGGCACACCAAGUCUUAGUCAAACAUUUUGGUUGAAAGAUAACUUAUUUGAUUUAUUAAAUACUACAGAAUCACAAUCUUCAUGGUUUGAAAAUCAUGGUUAUCAAAAUACAUUGGCAUUAGCUGGUGCACCGUUUGGUUAUUAUAGUAUUUUGAAUCCAGAUCGAAAUCAAGAAUCAUUUUCUUUAUCCAAUCGUCAAAUACGUCAAGUCUUAUUAUUGAAAAAAGUUCCAUUUGUUAUACCAUUUGAAAAACGAGUUAAAUUAUUUAAAAUUCUAAUCAAUGAUGGUAGUACAUAUAAUCGUAAUCCAUUUCGACGAAUAUAUAAUAUGUCUAAUCAACCAAGUGUUUCUCUUGUUGUUCGUCGAACUCAUUUAUAUGAAGAUGGUUUUGAGAAAUUAUCCAAAGAAAAUGUACCCAAUUUACGUCAACGUUUAAAAGUGACCUUUUUAAAUCCAACUGGUUUAGCUGAAGUUGGUAUUGAUGGUGGUGGUUUAUCAAGAGAAUUUCUUACUGAAAUUAUACGUGCUGGUUUUGAUCCAACUAGAGGAUUUUUUAUUUAUGCAUCAGAUAAAACUUUAUAUCCAAAUCCACAAGCAUCUGCAAUUACAUUGGAUUAUUUAAAGCAUUAUUAUUUCUUAGGAAGAAUUUUAGCAAAGGCAAUUUACGAAGGUGUGCUUGUCGAACUUCAGUUCGCUUAUUUCUUCUUGGCGAAAAUUGUUAGUCGAAGUGGCGGUGGCGGAGUUGGCUUUGAUUAUCUACAUUCACUUGAUCCUCAAUUGUAUAAACAAUUAUUAUUUUUAAAAAAUUACAAAGGGGAUGUACGAGAUUUAUCCUUAGAUUUCACUAUGGUUCAAUCAAUUUUUGGUCAAUCUGAAACGAUCGAAUUGAAACCAGGUGGUAAACAUAUACCAGUUACUGAAGAAAAUCGUGUUGAAUAUGUACAUUUAAUUGCGAAUUAUAAAUUAAAUAAAAUGAUUUAUCCACAAGUACGAGCUUUUACUGCUGGAUUAAAUGAUGUAAUACCAAUUGAUUGGGUACGUCUUUUUGAUGCAGAAGAAUUACAAACUCUUAUAUCUGGAGCAGAUAUGGUAAUCGAUGUGAAUGAUUUAAAACAGCAUACAUUCUACAUUGGAAAUUCAUUAAAUUAUACUGAAACAUUAGAUUGUUUUUGGUCAGUAUUACAUAAUUUUUCAGAAUCUGAUAAACGUUCAUUUUUACGUUUUGUUACUGCAUGUUCACGUCCACCAAUGUUUGGUUUUCGUGAAUUACAACCACCAUUUUCAAUACAAAUUACUGAUGAAAUUGAACGUUUACCAACUGCAAGUACAUGUACAAAUUUAUUAAAAUUACCUAAUUUUCGUAAUAUAAAAUUAUUACGUGAACGUUUAUUAUAUGCAUUAAAUGCAAAUGCUGGUUUUGAAUAUGGUUAAAUUCAAUCAAGUAAAGUGAUGAUGUUUGGUUAAUUGUUUACUUACUUACUUGUUUGUUUGUUUGUUUUUCCUUUGUAAACAUUCAUGUAUCCAUUCACUUAUCAUGUUGAUAUUUUCUUAAAUUUAUCAAUUGAGUAGAAGAUUUCGCUUUUUUUUUCCUUCUUUUUUUUCGGUUUUUUUUUAUAUAAAAAUUUCUAUUAACAUUAUCAAUACUACUGUAUACUUGAGUAGUAGUAGUAGUAGUACUACUACUACUACUUCUAACAUUUUGGUUAUAAUCAUUUGAAUAU